CAAUUAAUUUAAAAAAAAAAAAAAAAAAAAAAAACUAGACGGAGGGACCUUGUGUAGUGUAUUUUUCCCCCCUCUGAUAUUAUUUAAAUAUAAAUUAACAUGGCGACGUGCAUUCCCUUUCAGACGCAGUUAUCCUCAAUAAUGGAGGUUUUGGUGAAAGCAGCGGUGGCAGAGAUAUCCAAACUAGUCGAUGAAAAAUGUGCGUUCUUGCAUCUAGAAAUAUCCCGAAAGCAGAGCGAGAUAGAGAUGCUGAAAAGGAAACUGUUAAUGAUGGAGAACAAAAAUGCGCAGCUGCACCGCGGGUUCGAAAACUACAUGGACCGAGGAACUGAUGUGGGGAGUAAUUGUCCGCACCCCACAGGAGAUGUUAAAUUCCGUGAGACUGAAGAAGCCACUGUUUCCUUCACAAUCAAAGAAGAGAGUCCAGAUGAACCACUGUGGAUCAGUGAUGCCGCUGGACCGAUUGGUUCUGCUGUACAUUACCCUAAUCCAGGCAAUGCUCCAGAAAGCCAGCAGCUUGAAGAGGACCGUCAGUUAAACCCUUCAGAGGUCGCCAGGCUAAAAACAUCCGAGUUUGGUGACUUGUACAACUCUGGUCAACAUACAGGAGACAUCGGCGGCCUUCACUUCACUGUCAAGACAGAGAAGGAGGAGGACCGAUCGGGAUUCAGUCAGGAUGGGUGCCAGCACGGCGCGGGGAAGCAGACUCAACUAGCUGUGGACUUUUCCAUGGAUGAAAGAGAGAAUCAACUCUGGUCAUCCAUCAUUGAGGGUAAUGACAUUGAUGCUGGUUUUCCUGACUUUUCUAGUGUGGUGGAGGAGUAUUCCAACACAUUCCCAGACCAUUCAGAUACACAUGUGGUUUCUAACACUAGCAAGUUGACAAGUGUCCAGCAGUCGUCCUCUCAGAGGCCGUGCAAUGGGAUCUACAAUAGUGAGUAUCCAAAGGAUGCUCCGCAGUCGUCCAAUUUUCAGACCAGGCCUCAGAGCGCUCUUUCACAGCAAGACGGGCAGAAAGAACAAAUUUACUCGCAGAGAAACGCGCCGCAUGUCGCACACCCGAGGCAGCCAGAUGAACACCCCGAGAGGGACGCCGCAGCUGGGGAUAGACCAGUCGUAACUCACUCGCACAACGCUUUUACGCCCAGCAGCUACCACACUCACGCCCCCGGCAGACCUUUUCCUGGCGGGGCGCGAGGCUACGUUUGCUUGCAGUGCGGGAAGACGUUCGGCCGUCUGCACCAGUUCAAGCUGCACCAGCAAAGCCACAAGAGAAAGCGAGCAUUCUGGUGCACGGUGUGCGGGAAGAGCUUUCAGUGUUCAUCCCACCUCAGCAUACACCACCGGACACACACGGGCGAGAAGCCCUACGGAUGUGGGCAGUGCGGGAAGAGGUUCACGCAGCAGAGCAGCCUGAGGGUCCACCAGCGCACUCACAGCGGGGAACGGCCCUACAGCUGCUCACAGUGUGGGAAAACCUUCAUCCUGAUGCACCAUCUCAAACGGCAUAGAAUUAUUCACACAUACAGCUGAGGCGGAGAUGUAUGAGGUUGUGUCGCUCAGGUGAAAGGACACAAAUGACCCUUGAAACCAAAUCAAAAAGCCAAUGAACAGCAACUUUUUUUGGUUGGGAUUUGUAACCUUGUGGAAUUGCUCACAGACUUCCUAUAUCAAUGCAUAUUUGACUAUGCAAAAUCCAUCUGGAUGGAUUUUAAGGCAUUUGCUUCGUUUUUAAAUGCUUGUUUUAUAAUGAUCAAAAUGUGAAACGGAAUUGGGACCCUCAAACAGAACUCACACGUCGGCAUUUUUAAGAUACUUGCAAAGCUAGAAAUCCAAAAAACAAGGUCUAAAAUGUGGACUCAUUUAAAAAAAACGGAAAAAAAACAAACAAAACCCUGCAGUUUUCCUCUUACAGUUUCCUGCAUACAUACUGUUUGCCACUCAAAGGCACCGUUUGUUUCAGCUUCUCGUGUAGAAAUGAGCAUUAUUUCAUCUCAGCACUGGAACUGUAGAAGCACAAGAUGCUCAUUAUUCCCAUUAAGUUUCGGCUUUGCAGUCACAAGUGCGUUUUUCUGUUCAGUGCCAUCGAAGCACCUCUCAGGUUUAUGUUUUGAUGUCAUUAUUGGUAAAAACCCGCUUGAAUACUGUUCCAAGAUUCAUUUUCCAUGAAACCCCCCCCCAAAAAAUCCCUUGCUAUUUGUUAUGAUUCAUA